AUGUACCUUCCUCGCGGAAUUGGAGCUCAUGAACGACGAUGUGCACUCAAUCCAGCCAAUUCAAACCAUCACGCAUCGGAAAUCAACACGGAAUUUGUUGCUCUUGCUGAGCAAGAGGGCAGAAAUGGAAAGAUGUUAACGAUGCUAUCCGAAUUGCUCAACAACAACAUCCAAACAACUAUCACAAGAGUAUAUUACCAGAAGUACCAAACUCUCCAAAUAUAUUCUCCGAAGGAUUCUGAAUCAGAUGUCAAUUUUGAGCAAGCUCGCAGUACCACUCCCCAAUUUCAAGACAUACACAUUAAGUAUCACCCAAGCUCCCAAAUUCCAGAUGAAAAUUAUACUUUUGACGAAUACUGUGAGCUUGACAGCGAAGGCGAUUCACCGUUAAAAUCUGUCAAUGUGGACCAGAGGCCUUGGCGCCCAUUUCGUACACGUCUUGACUUCGAGUUUGCGGAGAUAUUUCUUAGCGCCCAUCUGAGUCAUGAUCAGUUAGAGGUACUUAUUGCCCUAAUUCAUCAAGCCGUCACAUCACCAAAUGAAUUCACCCUGAAAAAUGAUGCCGAUUUAACUCAAAUAUGGACUUUUGCACGGGAAACCCGUGCACAAGGAUUUAUCAAGACGCCUAUUUCGGUCAAUUACAAGGGUGAAAGCCUUACCUACAAUGUGUGGUACCGUCCCCUAUGGGAAUGGUGCCGUGAACUUCUUCUGGAUCCAGCACUUGUCCGAAGAUUUCACUGGAAUGCAGAACAGUUGUUCAUGUAUAAAGGAGAGAGGUUUGAGCGCAUAAUUGAUGAGCCAUGGACUGGGAACACUUGGUGGGACAUCCAGUCACGGCCAGAUAUUCCAAACGACGCUAGUUUAAUGUUCAUCAAUCCUUGGGCAGAUAAAUCCCAAUUAUCAUCCUUUGGAACAGUCAAAGGCUAUCCUGUCAUGGUAAGAUGUGCAAACCUUCCUGUUAAUAUCCGGAAUGGAACUGGAGUUGGAGGAGGUCGACUUAUUGGCUGGUUACCCAUUCCAGACGAGGAUUCAGCCCAUACUCACAAAGCCAGCUACGUUGACCUCAAACGGUUAAUUUGGCAUAAAGCCGUACACAAAAUCCUACAGUCAAUUGAAGCGCCAGCAACCUUUGGAGCUGCAAUCAAGUGCGGAGAUGGAAAGAUUCGAAAUAUCUUUCCUCAUAUUCUCUCAAUAUCUGCUGACUACGAAGAACAUUCCAAAUUCCAAGCUCUCCAACAUUUCAACCGUAGUUUAAAUGCAACAGAAAGUGAAGAGCUGCUUAAAUCAUAUGGGAUUACGGAUGUUAUGGAUAUAAACCGAACUGAUAUAUACAAAGCACUCUCCUUUGAUGUGCUACACGCUUAUGAUGGGGGACUAUUCAAAUCACAUAUGUUGGUGGAGCUGAAAGCAGUGCUCAGGGAUCUAGGUAGAGAUGCUGAGGUUGGUGUAGAUCUUGGUCUGCAAAGUAUCCCCCCAUGGCCUGCACUCAACCAUUUUGAUGCACUAAACAAAACCGGAGAAAUGUCUGAUGGACGAAAGUUUGAGCACCUAUCCAAGGUUAUCAUUUUUGCUGCUCAACAUGUGCUGACUGCUGAAGCUUCUCCACGUGGAUACUUACUACUACGGCUAAUUCGGAGCUACCUAAACCUUCGAAUGUUUGCUUCAUUAACUCUGCAAACGGAAACAUCAAUCAGUAAUGGCCGGAAAUAUCUUGAAACAUUCAGCAAAACUCUUCAGUUGUAUGCAUCUGAAAGUCCGGAGAAGUCUUGGAAUUUUCCCAAGGCACAUACGCACCAGCAUAUCUUUGACGACAUUCUUGAUAAAGGUGUAACUCGCAACUAUAAUACAAAGCCAUAUGAGAAGGCAAAUGGACCAUUGAAAAAGUUCUAUCAGAACCAUACCAAUUUCAAGAAUGUAGCACCACAAAUUCUCCAAGUUAACGAAAUGGAUCUUGUGUCAAAUAUUGUACGUGAUGGAAUAGACUUACUCGAUGUCUCUGUGGAGAAAAAUAUAGAAGAUGCAGAAGAACGAGACGGCCUAGACCUGCCAGCAAAGUCUAAGCCUGGGAAUGACCAUAUACAUCUUGGAUCAAAGCUCCCUUCCAUUACAUUGUCUGAACUUGAGCUGGAAACUAUCCACUCACAAGAUGCUGCAUUUAAUUUAUUCCGACGAAGGCUGGGUCAAUCACUCUCACAAACCAUUGGAAGUAGAGUUUUGUUGAGUACAGAUCAUCCAACUUCUGCAUUCAGUUUGAAGCAUUGA